AUGGGAGAAACGGAGAGCAGUGGAGGGAAACUCGUGGAACGACUCCCGCCGAGGCUGAGCUCGGUGCUUCGACGAACCGCCGCGGGCGAUGGGCCUGGAUUCGACCUCGACGCUGAGAUCCUGCAGAGAGAAAGGGCCGAGUCCCAGUGGAAGAGCCAGGCCGACGCCAGAGCUUCCGCGCCCUUCUCCUGGAAGGCAUUCACCGAGAAAGUGCCUGAGAGCGAAGCGCAGCGGGCCGCCGCGGAGCAAGACAAGUUUCGCAGGCUCGCCGGGAAGCUGGCGGGCGGGGAUGACGGCGCGGCGUUUCCCAACGCUGACAGGGCGCUUUUCCAGGCGAUCAACGCGGGCCCGAACGCUGCUGGCAAGGCAAAGAGGGACCUCGAGCUCGUGGUGGGGAAGGUGGCCGAGAGCGACUGGGAUGACGCCGCAUCCUUGGCCAAGGAGCUCCAUGCUUGGAGGCGUGACCGCGUCCUGGCAUCACAGCCGCACCCCUCUGCCGGACCGCUCCAAACACCAGAGGCGCCUGGGUCGGCGGCAGCCAGAGGCCAGCGGGGGCGGUCGCUGCUGUUCGGUUCCGAGAUCUCGUUCAACUUCGACCUCGACGCGCGGGCUCCGGAGGAGUCGGAGGACGAGCUGGACAGGGCGUUUCCCGGCGUGAACGGCGGCGGAGCCUCGGGCGGUUUCGCUUUCGACAGCUUCGAAAGCUUUGUCGGCAUCAGCGCUGACAGCGGCGGCGGCGGCGGCGGCGGCGACUGGGGGGCGGCGGCGGCUUCCGAGCAGCAGCGGUGGCGGCCUGGGACGGACGUGACGGUCGACGACCAGGCAUCUUCAUCCUCGCUGGGUGGCGAGGAGGAAGCGAAGCACCCUGUACGGGACGUUGGUGGCGCUGCCGCUGGGGGGGGCGCUGUCCUCGCCCCCUUUGCUUCGGGUACCGCCUCCUCGGGAAAAGCAGGCGAGGCGGGAGCGGCUGCAGCCGCAGAAACGUUUGACGCCGGUUGGCUCUAUUCCAGGUGCACGCAGUUUCACGCCCAGCAAGGGAGUCGGGGCCUACCCCCCGUGGACCUAGCUUCUUCCGUCUUGGAAAUCCUCUCCCGAAGCACGGACCCCGGGGAGUUGCAGGGAUCCCUGUUCGACCUAUUGGGGGAGGCGGGCCUGGAGCUAAUGAUGGAACUCAUUGACAAGGCGCCUACGCUAGGUCGGAUCGACGCGAGAGACUUGUUCGCGAUUGCCGAUGCCCACGGCGGUGGCGGCGGCGGCGGAGGCAGAGGCGGGGGCUCCGCAGGUGUCGGCGGCUUUGACGGGGGUGGGCUGGCGGCGGGGAUGGCGGAGAUGGGCCUGGGCGGGGACGACGCAACCGGCAGGUCUGGGCCGACCAUCUCCCGACAGAUCAAGAUCUGGUCGACCUUGGAGAAGGAGGCGGAGAAGCUCCGUCGAAAGGAUCUCAAGAAGGCCGCCAAGCGCGGCGGGGGAGCCGCCGGCGGUCAGGGCCAACAAGACGGCGGAGCAAGCGGGAGGGACGGUGGCGGCGGGUUGGACUGGCUGCAGUCUGUUGGGUUCGAGGAGGAGUACCUGAAGCAGGAGCGCCUUCUCGGGCUGCAGGCAGGCGGUACCGGCGGCGGCGAGAGCGAAGAGGCCAUGAUGCUCGCGGGGCUGGCGCCCGAGGGGACUAGGGAGUGGCACGAUCGCCGGUCCGGCAUGCCAGCGGGGGCCACGAAGACGGUAGUGGCCGGCCAGUACGAGCAGGUUCAUAUCCCACCCCCGAAGCUCAGCCGCAACAAGGACGGGGAAGGUCUGGUGCCGAUCACGGACCUCGAGCCGUGGGCCCAGAUGGCUUUCAAGGGGACGAAGCGGCUCAACCCCAUGCAGAGCAAGGCAAGAAGGAUUCUUCUCUUAAUGAUCGUGGUUCACCUUCCCCCGAUUCCCACCCAGGUUUACCACGCCGCCUUCAAGACCUCCGAAAACCUCCUGGUGUGCGCGCCUACGGGUGCGGGCAAGACGAACGUGGCUAUGCUCUCCCUUCUGCAGGCAAGGUUGCCUGCGGAGAGGCAGCACAUCCGAGGGGGUGCCCUCGACCGCAGCGGCAUCAAGGCCAUCUACGUGGCCCCCAUGAAGGCCCUGGCCCAGGAGGUGGUGUCCAAGUUUUCCCAGAGGCUUAAGCCCCUCGGACUGGUGAUCGUGACUACCCCCGAGAAGUGGGACGUUGUCACAAGGAAGGGCGGCGACGGGUCUCUGGUGUCUUCCGUUGGUCUCAUCAUGAUUGACGAGGUGCAUCUGCUGGCCGACGAGCGAGGCGCCGUGAUCGAAAGCAUCGUGGCCCGGACGCAGCGGUACAUGGAGACGACGCAGACACUCAUACGGCUGGUCGGGCUCUCGGCAACGCUGCCGAACUACCAGGACGUGGCUGCGUUCUUGCGGGUGAACUCGAGCAAAGGGCUGUUCCACUUUGGACCGGAGCAUAGGCCAGUGCCCCUGGAGCAGACGUUCAUCGGGGUAACCGACAAGCAGAGGGUUCGCCAGCAGGCGAUGAUGAACCGAGUGGCGUACGAACGGACGAGAGAGUCGCUCCAGCGAGGUCACCAGGUGAUGGUCUUCGUACACGCAAGGAAGGACACCGUCAGGACCGCGCAGGCCAUCCUGGAGCUGGCCCAGCGGGACAACGCCUUCGAUGAGUUUUCCUGCGCGAACUCGGAGCACUGGGGGAGGCACGCCCACCAGGCAAGCCGAUUGCUUGCACGCUUCGUAUGCGUGGUUGCCUCAGAGACAUGGCUCGCGGGUGUGGAAAAGUCUCGCAACAAGGAGCUGCGGGACCUGUUUCAGGCGGGCGUGGGCUGCCACCACGCCGGGAUGCUCCGUGCCGACAGGGGCCUGACGGAGAGAGCUUUCGAAGACGGCGCCAUCAAGGUGCCGCUUGAUGGGGGAAGCACUUUGUCUGAUGUGCUUGUAUGCACAGCUACCCUAGCGUGGGGGGUCAACCUCCCAGCGCACACGGUGAUCAUCAAAGGGACGGAGGUUUACAACCCGGAGAAGGGUGGUCUGCAGGACCUAAGCAUGCUCGAUGUGCUCCAGGUGUUUGGGCGUGCUGGGCGGCCUCAGUAUGACACCAGCGGGGAAGCAAUUAUGAUCACAACACACAAGUCGCUCGACAAAUACCUGGCCCUGCUGGCGAAGCAAACGCCCAUCGAGAGCGGCUUCAUCAAGGCCCUGCCCGACCACCUCAACGCCGAGGUUACCUCGGGGACGGUGACGACCGGCAUCACCUGGCUCUCGUACACGUACCUACACGUCCGGAUGCGGCGCAACCCAAUGGCCUACGGAGUCCCCCUCUCAGACAGGGAGGCCGAUCCCAUGUUGCUGGAGAGGAGGAGGCAGCUCAUCGUGCAGGCGGCAGAGACGCUCGAUGACCACAAGAUGUUGCGGUUCGACCGACGCUCCGGCAACCUGGCGGUCACCGACCUGGGCCGCGCGGCUUCCCACUUCUACAUCAGCCACGAGAGCGUGUUCCGCUUCAACGACGCCAUGAUGCCGACGCUGACCGAUGCCGCCGCUGUGAACCUCGUCUGCCUCGCCAGCGAGUUCGACCAAGUCAAGGUGCGGCCGGAGGAACUCAAAGACAUGGAUGUCAUGCGGAAGAAGUGCCCUCUUGAGGUGCGGGCUCCCCUUGAAGAGUCGGCCGGGAAGGUGAACGUGCUGCUUCAGUCUUACAUCGGGGGCGAGAGGCCCAAGAGCUUCACCCUGGCGUCGGACACCAACUACGUGGCGCAGAACGCCGGCCGCGUGUCGCGCGCCGUGUUCGAGAUCGCCCUGAGGAAGGGGUGGUGCGGACUGGCCCUCACGAUGCUGGAGAUCAGCAAGGCUGUCGACCGGAGGGUCUGGUGGUUCCAGUCUCCUCUCCGACAGUUCGGUGUGCUCCCCGGGCAUGUCCUCAUGAACCUUGAGGGGAAGGGGGGCGGCGGCUCCGGAGGGAUCGGGAAGCUGCUCGACAUGGACGCGAGGGAGGUCGGAGCACUCUGCCAUAACCAUCGCAUGGGGGACACGGUGCUGCGGCUGGCGAGAUCACUGCCGGCGUUGCACAUCGAGACGUCCGUGCAGCCCGUCACUAGGGGUAUUCUCAGGCUGACGCUCACCGUUUCCGCGGACUUCCUUUGGCAGGACAAAUUCCACGGAGCGACGGAGGCGUUCUAUAUCUGGGUGGAGGACGGCGACAACGAGCACGUGUAUCACUCCGAGAACUUCCUCCUCAAGAAAAAGCGGAGGAGCGAGCCCCAGGAGCUGUCAUUCAACAUCCCUGUUUUCGAGCCCGUGCCAGCGCAGUACUGGGUGCGAUGGUGCAGCGACCGCUGGGUGGGCUGCGACGACGUUCAGCCCGUGUCUUUCCAGCACCUGGUGUUACCUGAAAGAUACACCGCACACACACCCCUGCUCGAUUUGAGGCCACUGCCCACGACGGCACUGCAGAACCCCAAGUACGAGAGCCUUUACCGGUACCAGCACUUUAAUCCUAUCCAGACGCAGCUCUUCCACGUGCUCUACCACAGCGACGAGAGCGUGCUGCUGGGCGCGCCCACGGGGUCGGGAAAGACCGCCGUCGCCGAGAUCGCCAUCAUGCGGAUGCUCAACCAGCACCCGGGAGCGAAGGCGGUAUAUGUAGCCCCCCUUAAAGCCCUCGCUAGGGAGAGGCUGAAGGACUGGAGGGAGAAGUUCGGCAAGAAGAUGGGCAUGGGUGUUCUAGAGUUAACGGGCGAUCACACGCCCGAUGGGGAUGCGCUCAGGCGGGCGAGCAUCAUCAUCACCACCCCUGAGAAGUGGGACGGGGUCACGCGGGGCUGGAAGUCGAGGGACUACGUGAAGGACACCGGCUUGGUGAUCAUGGAUGAGAUCCACUUGCUGGGGGAGGACAGGGGCCCCGUGCUAGAGGUUAUCGUCAGCCGGAUGCGGUACAUCGCGGCGUCCGCUGGGAAGAGGGAUACGGGCACGGGCCACCGGCAGGUGCGGUUCGCGGGUUUGAGCACGGCUCUCGCCAAUCCUCGAGACCUCGCGGACUGGCUCGGUGUAAAGGACUCCGGACUGUACAACUUCAGGCCGAGCGUACGCCCUAUCCCCUGUGAAGUCCACAUCCAGGGAUACCCGGGCAAGCAUUACUGCCCACGCAUGGCCAGCAUGAACAAGCCCACCUACGCCGCUAUCAUGGAACACAGUCCGGACAAGCCCGUGCUCGUGUUCGUGGCGUCGCGGAGGCAGACCCGCUUGACGGCGCUCGACCUCAUCAGCCUGUGCGCCAGGGCCGACAACCCCCGACGGUUCGUCAGGAUGCCCGAGGAAGAGGCGUCUACGGCCUCCGAAUCUGUUAGGGAUCAGGCCUUGCAGCACACGCUGGCUUUCGGCAUUGGCAUCCACCACGCCGGCCUGGCCGAAGGAGAUCGAAACAUCGUGGAGGCGUUGUUUGAGCAGGGAAAGAUUCAGGUGCUGGUCUGCACGUCCACCCUCGCGUGGGGAGUGAACUUCCCGGCUCACCUGGUGGUGGUCAAGGGGACGGAGUUCUUCGACGGAAAGAGUCAGCGCUACGUCGACUUCCCCAUCACCGACCUCCUCCAGAUGAUAGGGCGAGCCGGGCGGCCCCAGUUCGACGACCGCGCCGUGGCCUGCAUCCUGGUGCACGAGCCCAAGAAGAACUUCUUCAAGAAGUUUCUGUACGAGCCGUUCCCCGUGGAGUCCAAGCUGCCCGCAUCGCUGCACAACCACCUCAGUGCCGAGUGCGCCGGGGGCGCGAUCAGGUCGAGGAGAGACGCUGUUGACUACCUGACAUGGACCUUUUACUUCGUGCGGCUGCUGGCGAAUCCAUCGUUCUACGGCCUCGAGGACACAUCCACCGAAGGGGUGCAGGAGCACCUGCUCGGCCUCGUGGAGAGCACUCUCGCGGACCUUGAGGACGCCGGCUGCAUUGAGCUAGGAGGCGACGGCGGCGGGGGGAUAGGGGACGGCGGCGGCGGGAAGGCAGGAGACGAGGAAGUGCGGGCUACCCCGCUCGCGAUGGUGGCGAGUCGCUACUACCUCGACUACCGCACCAUGAAGCUCUUCCAGUCCUGCUUCGGAGGGGAAGGGGGCGAAUCGGCCACCUUGGAACACCUUUGCCGAAUGUUGUCGGACGCCCAGGAGUUUGCGGAGCUUCCGGUGAGGCACAACGAAGAUGUCCUGAACGGAGAACUCUCCAAGAAACUUCCUUGGGCCGUGGGCACCGAGGAGCUCGACAGCCCACACGUCAAGACUCAUCUCCUGUUGCAGGCACACUUCGACCGGUGCGCGCUGCCGAUCUCGGACUACGUGACGGAUACAAGGAGCGUGCUCGACCAGGCCGUCCGCGUCAUCAACGCCAUGCUCGACAUAGCCGCCGGCUUCGGCCUCCUGGACACCACGCUUGGACUCCUCUGCCUGCACCAAAUGGUGGUUCAGGCGGCAUGGGAAGACGCGGACACCUUGCUCCAGCUCCCUGGAGUGGGCCCCACGCAGGCCGCGCGCCUCCGUUCCAAGGGCGUGUCCACACUGCGCGAGCUUGCUCUUCGCGGAGAGGCUGCUGCGAAAAGCCUACUGGAAAGUUCCGGCCUUGCCCCAGCGGACGGUAGCGGUGGGAGGGGGCUCGGUGGACGGGGCUUCGCGGGUGGUGGUGGGGGAGGGGGCACGGCGGUGGCCGCGGCAAUGCGUGCGCUGUCUGCGAUCCCCGUGGUGAAGGAUGUCACGUUCGGCGUUCGAGCGGCGGGCGGGGACGGGACCGAUGGGGGAGGCGAUUGCGAAGCGGACGUCCGAGUGUCCGUCGCCGUUACCGGGGGAGGGGGGCAGCACCAGGGAAGCCGGAGAGGAGGUGGAGGCGGGGGCGGCAGAGGGGGCGGCUCUCUCUGGUCCCCGCGUUUCCCGAGGGCGAAGGAGGUGGGGUGGUGGAUCGUGCUGGGUACGGAGGAUGGAGAACUUCUUGCACUCAAGAGGGUCGGUACGCUCGGACCCCGCGGGUACAGCACUACCCUGCGCUUUCCCAGCCCGGAGGACGCAACCGGCACAGUGCCGUUGGUGCUGCACGUCGUCGCAGACGGAGUGAUGGGAAUGGACCGGCACGCACGAGCGACAGCUACCGUGUCUAGAGAAGAGUAGAAUACAACAACCCCGCGAGAUAGAACGGGAGGCUGACGCCGUAUCUCGAGAAGAGUAGGGAGACAGGUUUGAGUAGGCCACGAUAGCGCAGGGGUGAUAGAAGGAAAGGCAGCGCAAAGUGAUGCGGAGGAGGUCGAGAGGUCGAGGAGCGGUGUCGUUUGUAGAUCGAACGUUUCUAGCAAAGUCCUCGUCUAGGAAGGUCGAUGACUUGCUCUGAAGCGCUAGGGGUGCAAGAUGGCCCCAAGGACUCACUAACGCGGCGUUCACCGUGCCCAGGCCUGAAUUCUGGUCUUGUGAAGUGUGCUCGUGAUGCGAACAAGGUUGGCGAGAAGAACAUCGCACGGUGCGCUUUGCUUGGAGUUCAUCGGGCGAUGGUUCGAUCCACGCUGAAGGAAUGGGUUCCAAUGACGCUACCCACUGGUCGUCCCCGUGGAAGGUGAUAUCGCGUGACUCAGACUGAAUUCUCUCAUGUUCUCUUACGCGUCCCGCGUGCCCGGUGCAGGGCAUAAGACCGGCCAAAUAUCUUGACAGUGUGCCGCCCCAUUCUUCAUUCCUGCAGAACAACAAGAAGCUCAAAGAGUCUGGCUAUCGUCUCAUAAUUGUGCUUUAUUCCUUUAGUGUUCGUGCCUUCCUCUCAAUAACGUCUAUGUUCUUAGUUACCGUAAUUCAAGUAACGUCUUCAUAUUGCAUGCGGCGGCGAAUCUAUCACGAAAAUAAGCUUCGUUCAUCUUUGAAGCAGCCCAAAACGCAUUUUCAAUGAAAUCUACUGCACACGGGCCGGGACAAACAUUUCGCGUGAUACAGCAACACAUCUCACAUUAUUCUGCAACUCGUAUUCGCCUUGAUGCCCCCCAUAUCACGAAACCGGGCUCUGUAUCGGGUGUUGGAACCCUAAUUUGCUCGGUGGCACACUUUGCACCAGUCUCACAAGCACGAUCCGCCGCGGCUGCAGUCACAUCCCAUCCAUCAGGCGCAACGCCCGGUUGCGAGUGCUUGGUUGGCGAGGGGCACCGCCCACGACCCAUUCACGCACCCGCUAAGGCCAAAGGCAAUUAGAAUUUCUUCCGUGACACGUCCAUCGCCGCUGCUACACGUAAAUGGACAGGCCAAAAUGUCGAAGGGGACAACAUCACUUCCAGGUUUAGCAACUUUUAGGCUCCCCAGUGUGUAUCUGACAUCGCUCAUUGUGUCUCAACGAGAAAAGUUCCCUCGGUUACUUGAUUCUUCGCUAAUUGUCACCUUUUCGCCAUGCGAUCCUCUCUUGUACACGGCCUACCCGGAUCGUAAAAAACACAAGAAUAAAUGGGUCGAGAAAAAAUAAACACAGAUCUACGGAGCAAGCGUCUCGCUCGUCGAAUGGCGCUAGAAUCCCCGCCCCUCCCUCGCCGGCAGGCCCUGUUGAGCCAACGCUACCGUUUUUUUUUUUUUCCAUCAUUGGAUUCUGUCGUCU